AUGGAGCUUCCACCGCUGCAGCCGGCGACGCCGAAGACAUCGCCGCGGACUGGGCUGCCGGUGGCUGUUCCAGGGCCUCGGUGCACUGUCGUGCACAGUGGCAAACGGCACAGAGUGGCAGCUUGGCGCCUUCUUGUGAAAAAAGAAUUUAAAAUCCCGAAAAAAGAAAUCUCUACCAAGAAAGGGGCAGCACGCCGGCUGCGGCUCCUGAUGUACCUCCGCUUUUGGGUGGCGGAAAAACGUACACCAAAAAUUAAUGAGCGCGAUUUUGCUGUAGAGUUUGUUGUAGACGGGCUCUACAGCCAAAAGGCCAAGAAAGGCAGUGACUCAAAGAGGUCGAGCCGCGCUAAUGGGAUGUCUCCGAGCUUACUGGAGCUCUGGCGGUGGACUGUCGGCUGCGAGGACGCAUUUGCGCGAGGCGAGGCGAUCAUUGUUGAGCGUUGCAUGCGCCAUGACUCGCGCCAGCGCGCGUGCGGGAGCUCCUGGCUGAGCGUUGAGUCCAAGCGAGUUGCGCUGGCCACGAUCGCUACGCCGAGCCGAGCUGACGCGCCGAGGCGCCGGCCAGUCGCAGCCGUGAGGCAUGUCACAGCAGCAGAGGCACCUGCCACCCAUUGGGCGGGCAGACAGAAGGCUAGGGCAGCACUGGCAAGUGCAACGCGCCUCAUGUCGGAGAGCGACCGUGCCUUGUUCGCCGCUUAUGGAUUAGAGACAGAUUAG